AUUGAAAAGAUGCAUCGGCUUAUAAUCGUUGUUAUGCCUGAUAAAAGUCAAUAGCACUUUCAUUAAACAGUACAUAACAUGAAUUGUUAACAAGAAUUUACAGAUUCUAAUUCUACAUUUGUCUCUGGCAUCGUUUUCGUGUGGCCCCGUUGCCAUUUCUCGCCCUAUUCUUGUUUGUUUGUUAACUCUACAAGAGGUAGCUAGAUAUUAACAGUCUUCCACUCUAGAUAAUAAAAUUAGGACGCAUUAUACUAUGCUUAGGGCUGGUAAUAUUUCUGCAUUGAAGACUUAGUUAUCAAAUCGCUGAUUGAUGGUAGUCAGUAGAGUCCGUGUAUCCAAACGACCAAAAGCUCAAGAAUAGUGCUUAUUGUUAACCAUACUUAAAGCGUAGCCUUAGAGUUACUUCAACUAUAUCAACCGUUUUAGUUUUGUUCGGGAGUUUGCAAGCAAGCACGUGGUUUCGGUUUGCAACAAUUUGUUUGUCUCACGCAGAUCGACCUUGCGCUUUGAUAGGUCAAGUGUAAACAGUCCUGUGGUCGAGUUUUCAUCUAUUGUGCUCCCUCUGAACAAUACUUGGCAAGUCUUACGGUCAAAUGAGUGGCUCUUUCAACUCUACACACUCUGUAAAUAAGCUCAUACAGUUUCGCAAAGCACACAAUGAGAACACCGCAAAGUAAGGGGUUACCUUACGACCACGAAAUGCAGGAUGUGCGAUCGGAAAUGUUCAUCGAGUGCAGUUUCUUCAGCGGCGGAGGAGGGGAUAAUUUCCAACCAGAGAUGUUUCCUCAGUACCAGUACGAAAACCACGAGCUGCCGCAGUCUACGAGCCAACAGCCGGCAUACCCGGGCAACAUCCCUCCCGUAUACACCCCGGUACCUAGCUCCGACCCGCACCACACCGUAUCCCCGCAACCGGACCUACCACCACACUAUAAUCACCGAAGCCCAGGCUUCCGAGAGGGCUCCAUGUCCCCGAUAGUGCAGCAGUACUCGGCCCACCUCCCUACCAUCCCCAGCACAGCGGAGUACCCGGGCGAGCUAGGAUUCUGCGUCUCCUUCGGUCCCCCUACCGAGUCAGCCUCAAAGUCAGCUACUUGGACGUACUCGGAGAAGUGCAAAAAACUGUACGUGAACCUGGCAAGCUUCUGCCCCAUCAAGUUCAAGACAACCGUUAAGCCGCCCCCGGGGUCCUACCUGAGGGGCGUGGCAGUCUUCAAGGGGUCCACCAACUUGCACGAUAUCGUCAAGAGGUGUCCUAACCACAUGGAGACGUCACAGGAUGGACAAGAGAAGAUUAGUCAUUUCAUGAGGAGUAACAACCCCUCCGCACGCUAUAACGUCUGCCCGGAGUCUGGUCGCCACUCCAUACUUAUCCCAUACACCGGGCCCCAGGUCGGCACAGAAUUCGUGACGGAGAUGUUCGCUUUCAUGUGCUUCUCGAGUUGUCCUUCGGGACCAAGUCGGAGACCAGUCGAGAUCAUCUUCACACUGGAGAAAGAUGGCCAAACGCUUGGCAGACAGGUCGUGGAGAUUCGUGUGUGUGCCUGUCCGGGCCGGGACCGGAAGUCGGACGAGAAGUUACUCCUCGGCGAAGCGAGCACCACGACAGGUGGAAAACGCAAGCGUGGGCCUGGUAAGGGGAGGCUGAAGAGACUUCGCGCCGGUUCCGAUGACGAGGAGGAGCUGGUCAUUACGACACGGGACCGUCGCGUGUAUGACAUACUCAUGAGCAUGAAGACUCAGCUUGAAGAGUCCUUUAUUUACGGACAGGAGGCCGGUCAGUUCCACAGCCCCAACACCUCCGAGGAGGAGGAGAUUGAGUCCGGAGCCAGCACCUCAUCUCCCGUUGGGGUGAUGUUCAAGCGGACAGGGCCAUCUUCCAUCUAGGCCACCGGACACUUGUCGUUGGAUACCGGACACUGGUAAUCCAACCUGUGCACUUAGACCCGGUAGUCACACGCGUUUGUUUGUAAUUUGACUUAAAUUGGGCUAAAGCACGCCAUAAUCAGUUAAACGAUUUUUACAACUGACAGUAUUAUUUUAUUCAUUCAUAUUCUUAACCCUCCUUGCAAACCUCAAGAUUAUCCUACACUGUUUACCACUCUUUAACCCAAUUUGAGUCACCGUGUAAUAUAGUAUAGGCAUUAGAUCUCGCGUUGUGUAGGUCUCUUGUAAUGUCCUGGUUCACGUUGUAUUUUAAACGUUCACAGGCCUGGUUACACAGGCUUUUACAGUUGAGUUGAUGCUUAUUUGCUCUUUCCCAGAGCUUCAUUACAGAGGCGAAUUCCAAAUAUUUUCACAAAAAGAAGGAUCUUUUGCCUAAAUGACCUCUUGGGCAAGUAAUAGCAGACUAUUUCCGCUAGCAGGGGCGCUCUGUGGCGGCAGAGCUCACAGCUCGCAAAUUUUAUGCUUUCACUGCUUUGUUGUAGAAGCAAUUCAUGCAGCACGCCGCUGGCCUUCACAGCGUUACACCGUGAGGCUCUGCAUGUGCCAAAAAUGGCGCCAUUUUUUCGCGCCCUGGAUGCAAUGGCUUUGAAUAAGCAUUUAUAAAUUGAAUACAGGUGCUUGAAUCCCUGUUGCCGUCAUAGAAACCACGACUGGAGAGAAUUUUUUCAUACCCAGCCUCGUUUAAUGACUCGACCCAGGUUUUUCCGCUCUUUUGAGCCGUGGCCGGUGACGUAACAGGGUUUCAAGUGUCCCAAGAUUUCGCUUCUCUUUUGUAGAAGCACCAAUAUUGCUCUAAUCAAAUCAUGGUUCUAGGGCUUAGGACCGCGAUUGUCGUUAAUUUAACUUAUGAUUCUAAAAAUUAAAUACGUUGAUUUCUGACAGUUUGUAUAUUUAUAUCCAUCCAAAUACGAUUUUUGAUAUAAACUCUUUAUUAAUACAACACAAUGUUGCUUGUAAGUUGCUUUUACUAUGACACUCUUUGCCUUUCUGUUCGUGUGUACUUCAAACUUUAAAAAGAGAUACUAUCGCCUGUAUAUUAAUAUUAUGAUGAGCAUAUGGCUCGCCACAAACUUCCAGUAACUGUCUCCGUGCAUUUAGCCCAACGGUCCACUAUGUCCAUUAACUCUAUUACUCUAUUACUUUCCCAUAUGAUGGAUCGGUAGAUCUCAUUUUAAAUCUCCAUGUUGAGAUAGCUUUUCGAGUCCUUUGUUCCCUAUGCAUUGUCUUUCUUGUUCCAUAUCAUUCUGUUUAAUAGUCUUAGCUUUGUCACAUGGAUUAUCUACGGGUUUCCUGUGGUGUUUCGGGUUCCCUGUGGUCGAUUAUGCGACCUCACCUGCCCCAGCUCCUCUCUCAUAGCCAACCACAGGAUUCUCAAAAGAACCACAAGGUAUCGGGUGCUGUAAACUGAAUUUUUUGGCGCUUCUUUAUUUUAGAGGAUGUAAAGCAAAAGAUAUAACGACUGAUAAGUCAGACUCUACUGACUAAUAAACGAGUUGCAACUCUGGUAAACAGGGUAAAAGUCACAUUAACCAUUUCAACAUUUUUAAUAGGUUAAUUAAGCUCAUGGAUAUAGCUGUCGGAUGAAAAAAAAUUGGGUUGGAAAUUGGUUUGUUAAAAGUUUUUUGCAAACAUUUUUAUAUUUAUCAAUCAAAAUUGCUUUUUUCCCAAUUUUUCAUAUUUUUUACUUUGUAUUUUUCUAUUUGGGUCAGGCUAGCAUCAGUUUUUUUUCUUGUUACCAAAGUUACAAUUCGUUGUUUUUAAUAAAAUGAUUUGACGUAAUUUUAUUGAGAUGGACUUGACAUUCUGUGGCAGGUUCUGACCCAGGCCUCCAAGACCAAAUGCUAUUAAAUGCUGGAUGUUGUUACUAAA